AUGGAGACUGGAGCGGAGGCGGGCGGCGGCAGGCCGGAGUACAGCAUCAUCGUUCCCACCUACAACGAGCGCCUCAACGUAGCACUCAUCGUCUACCUCAUCUUCAAGCACCUCCCUGAUUCCAAGUUCGAAAUCAUUAUUGUCGAUGAUGGAAGCCCUGAUGGCACUCAAGACGUUGUAAAGCAGUUGCAGCAAUUAUAUGGCGAAGAUCGUGUUCUACUGCGAGCUAGACCAAGGAAGCUAGGACUUGGUGAGCUUAGCUGCCCAUUUCGACAUAUGCCAAAAUAUUUGCCAAGCUUCAUCAGGUUUUCUCUGAGCCAUUUCCCCCAGGUCUUUACAGAGGCUGACAUGGGCACUGACACUGCCCUACUGAAGCAAAAGGAAACCGGUGCUGACAUUGUAACUGGCACCCGUUAUGUUAGCAACGGUGGUGUCCAUGGUUGGAAUCUUAUGCGUAAGGUGACUAGCAGGGGAGUGAAUGUUCUAGCACAGACGUUGCUACAGCCCGGAGCUUCUGAUCUGACUGGAUCGUUUAGGCUAUAUAAGCGAAGUGUUUUGGAGGAUGUCAUCUCCUGCUGCGUCAGCAAGGGCUAUGUAUUCCAAAUGGAGAUGAUUGUCAGGGCUACUAGGAAAGGUUAUCACAUCGAAGAGGUCCCAAUAACUUUCGUCGACAGGGUUUUCGGAAUCUCAAAGCUCGGUGGAUCUGAAAUUAUUGGAUAUUUGAAAGGCCUUGUGUAUCUGUUGCUCACAACAUAG